UGUGUGAAUAUAGAGGCGGGCGGCGGCCCGGUAGACAUGGUUUGAACAUUGAAUGGUCAUUUUGCAACUUUAGACGAUUGUGCCAUCGUGACAUUAUCAUUCUUGAAUUUCAUUGUUUUGUAGGGAUUUAUUUUAACGUUUGAUACACGGGAGACAGCAGAGUAAUCAGUUUCCACACUUUCUGAAGUCGUGUGGAUCAUUUGCAAAAUUUCAAAAUGGCGGACGAUCCGUACGCUGGUGUGAGCGCUCAGGAGCUCAAGUAUCUUGCAGUUGAUAGGAAUCGUAUAAAUGAUCCUAUGGUACAAGCAGAAUGGGCAGCAAAAAGAUUAAUUUGGGUUCCUCACGAAGUCCAUGGCUUUUGUGCUGCCAGUGUCGUUUCGGAAAAGGGGGAUGAAUUAGAAGUCGAACUUGACGAUAGUGGAAAACAUGUGAAGGUUCACCGGGAUGACUGUCAGAAAAUGAACCCCCCUAAGUUUUCCAAAGUUGAGGAUAUGGCCGAAUUGACAUGUCUCAACGAAGCAUCAGUCCUUCAUAAUUUGAAAGAUCGAUACUAUUCAGGUCUAAUUUACACAUACUCUGGUCUGUUUUGUGUGGUGGUGAACCCAUACAAAAGACUACCAAUCUACACAGAAAAAGUCAUCGAUUUGUACAAGGGCAAAAAGCGACAUGAAGUUCCACCCCAUGUUUUCGCCAUCACAGACGCAGCAUACCGCAGCAUGUUACAAGACAGAGAAGACCAGGCCAUUCUUUGCACUGGUGAAUCCGGAGCCGGAAAGACUGAAAACACCAAGAAAGUUAUACAGUACUUGGCUCAUGUCGCAGCCUCGAACAGGCCAUCGGGCAACCGUUCAUCCGUAUCCAACCUCCACAUCCAGCCAAGCACAGAUCGUCAAAAUGCUCUCACACUGAGCCAUAAGGACCUAAACCUUGGUGAAUUAGAAAACCAGUUACUCCAAGCUAACCCCAUUUUGGAAGCUUUCGGAAAUGCAAAGACUAUCAAGAACGACAAUUCUUCAAGAUUUGGAAAAUUCAUCAGAAUCAACUUUGACUCAUCAGGAUAUAUAUCAGGAGCUAACAUUGAAACAUAUCUCCUGGAGAAAUCUCGAGCUAUCAGGCAGGCUGAACAGGAGAGAUGUUUCCACAUCUUCUAUCAGUUCCUGUAUGGAGCCACCCCUCAUCAGAGAAAGGAGUUUUUGUUGGAGGAUAUCGGCAAUUACCAUUUCCUGACUCACGGCAGUGUACCAGUUGGAGGAGUGGACGACACAGGAGAGUUCCGCCAGACCGUGGAGGCUCUCACCAUCAUGGGCAUAUCGCCCGAGGACCAGUCCGCCAUCAUGAGAGUGAUAUCAUCAGUACUGCUGUUUGGUAACAUGACAUUCAGACAAGAAAGGAGCUCUGACCAGGCGACACUUCCUGACGAUACAGUUGCCCAGAAAGCUUGCCACCUCCUUGGUCUGUCAGUGACGUCCGUCAUACAGGCGUUCCUCCGCCCCAAGAUCAAAGUGGGCCGGGAUCACGUGACCAAGGCUCAGACGAAGGAACAGGUGGAGUUUGCCGUGGAAGCCCUGUCCAAGGCUUGCUACGAAAAACUAUUCAAGUGGCUUGUCAUCAGGAUCAAUCGUUCCCUGGACAGGACGAAAAGGCAGGGAGCCUCCUUCAUCGGCAUCUUGGAUAUUGCUGGUUUUGAAAUUUUCAAGAUGAACUCCUUCGAGCAGCUUUGCAUCAACUACACCAACGAGAAGCUACAACAACUCUUCAAUCAUACUAUGUUCAUCCUGGAGCAGGAGGAAUACCAGAAGGAGGGCAUCGAGUGGAAGUUCAUUGAUUUCGGUCUCGACCUACAGCCCACCAUCGACCUCCUCGAGAAGCCCAUGGGUAUCUAUGCUCUGGUUGAUGAGGAGUGCUUCUUCCCCAAAGCCACAGACAAGACCUUCAUUGACAAGGUUGUCACCCAACAUUCCUCCCAUCCCAAGUUCCAGAAGCCUGACUUCAGAGCUGAUGCUGACUUCAGUCUGAUCCAUUACGCUGGAAAGGUUGACUACUCGGCUAAGAUGUGGCUGAUGAAGAACAUGGACCCCUUGAAUGAGAAUGUGGUGUCCCUACUGCAAACCUCGUCGGAUCCCUUCGUGGUAGCCAUCUGGAAGGAUGCCGAGAUUGUUGGUAUGGGAGCCGCAUCUACUGGUGACACCAUGUUUGGGUCCCGAACCAGGAAGGGCAUGUUCAGGACAGUGAGCCAACUGUACAAGGAACAGCUCGCCAAACUGAUGGCCACACUACGCAACACCAACCCUAACUUUGUUAGAUGUAUCAUUCCAAACCACGAGAAAAAAGCUGGGAAAAUUGACUCGCCACUGGUCCUAGAGCAGCUAAGGUGUAACGGUGUACUGGAAGGAAUCCGAAUCUGUCGACAGGGCUUCCCCAACAGAAUCAUAUUCCAGGAAUUCAGACAGAGAUACGAGAUCUUGUGUCCCAGCAGUAUUCCCAAAGGUUUCAUGGAUGGCAAGAAGUCGGUCGAAAAAAUGAUAAAUGCUCUAGAGUUGGAUCCUAAUUUGUACCGAGUUGGACAGAGCAAGAUCUUCUUCCGAGCAGGAGUGCUGGCACAUUUAGAGGAAGAACGAGAUCUGAAACUUACCGAUAUCAUCAUUCAGUUCCAGGCUUUAUGUAGAGGCCUGAUCGCUAGGAGGAACUACCAGAGGAGACUGCAGCAGUUGAGUGCAAUCCGUGUCAUACAGAGAAACUGUGCUUCCUACCUCAAGCUGAGAAACUGGGCAUGGUGGAGACUCUUCACGAAGGUAAAACCAUUGCUACCAGUGGCUGGACAGGAAGAAAAACUUACGCUAAAAGAGGACGAACUUAAGAAAUUUAAGGACGUUAACGAUCGACAAAAGUCUGACAUAGAGGAACUGGAGAGAAAGUAUGCUCAAAUCAUUGAAGAAAAGUCCAUCUUGGCAGAACAGCUACAGGCUGAAACAGAAAUAUGUGCCGAGGCCGAGGAGUCCAAAGCCAGGAUGCAGGCCAAGAAGGAGGAACUGGAAGAAAUCCUACAUGAUGUAGAGAUCAGGAUAGAAGAAGAGGAAGAUCGCUGUAACGCCCUCAUGGACGAACGCAAGAAAUUCCAGCAAACGGUCGCUGACCUGGAGGAACAACUUGAAGAGGAGGAACAAUCUAGACAAAAAUUACAGCUAGAGAAAGUAUCUGCUGAUUCAAAGAUAAAGAAGUAUGAUGAGGAAUUGGCUCUUCAAGAGGAUACAAACCACAAAUUGCUCAAAGAAAAGAGAGCGAUGGAAGAACGUAUGAGCGAGGUCACCGCACACUUGGUGGAGGAAGAAGAAAAAGCCAAGCAGCUCGGCAAACUUAAGAACAAGUACGAGUCUAUUAUCUCGGAUUUGGAGGAACGCCUCAGGAAAGAAACACAGGCAAGGCAGGAAUUGGAAAAAAUUAGACGGCGUUUAGAAAGUGAACUAAACGAUUUAAGGGAACAGUUAAUGGAGAAACGUCAACAACUAGAAGAUCUACAGGCACAGCUUUCAAAACGAGAAGAAGAGGUUCAACAUGCAUUGAAAAAGGUAGAUGAAGAAGGCGUUGCGAAGUCUCAAGCCAGUAAACAGUCGCGUGAGAUACAGAGCCAGUUACAGGAAGUCACGGAGGACUUGGAGACGGAGAAAGAGGCAAGAAUGAAAGCAGAGAAACAGAAACGUGACCUGAGUGAGGAAUUAGAGGCUCUCAAGUCUGAGCUGGAAGAUUCCAUGGAUGCUACUGCUGCUGUUCAGGAUCUGAGAAACAAAAGAGAAGAUGAACUCAAGGAUCUAAAAAAUAUGUUGAGUGAAGCUAAGAAAAGUGGAGAAGAGCAAGUACAUGCUAUGCGACACAAGCAUUCAGCUCAAACCCAGGCACUCAAUGAAGAAAUUGAAAAUGUUAAAAAGAACAAGGCGUCCCUUGAUAAACAGCGACAGACCCUGGAGGCAGAGAACACAGACUUGGCAAGUGACCUUAAACAGGUUCAGAUGGCUAAGCAAGAGUCUGAACGCAAGCGUAAACAGGUAGAGAGCCAGCUUCAGGAAGUCAUGAUCCGUCUACAGGAGUCUGACCGGGGCCGUACCGACACUAGCGAAAAGGCUACGAAACUUGCAAAUGAGCUGGAACAAGUCAGCGUGCAGCUGGAACAGGCAGACACAAAGACGGUUCAGUUGAGCCAAAAAGUGGCCUCGUUAGAAGCACAACUUGCUGAUUCACAGGACAACUUACAAGAGGAAACAAAGAGCAAGCUGCAGAUGCAGUCCAAGCUGAGACAGGUGGACGAUGAGAAGGAAGGCUUAUUAGACCGCAUAGAAGAGGAGCAAGAGUCCAAGAAAACAUUUGAGAAACAGAUCAGCGAGCUGCAAGCUAAGAUGUUAGAAGUGAAAAAGAAGCAUGAAGAAGAGAUCCAGAAAUUGGAAGGAAAUGAGGAGCAAAGGAAGAAGUUAGCCAGGGAUGCACUGGACGAUCAGAAAAAGGAGGCUGACCUCAUCAUUGAGCGACACGAGAAGUCUCGCAAGAAGUUACAGGCUGAGGUGGAGGACAUGACGGUAGAGUUAGAUAACCAGAGGUCUGCCUACACACAAAUGGAGAAGAAGCAGAAGAAAUUUGAUGCUCUCCUCAAUGAAGAAAAGAGUGUUUCUGAAAAACUAUCAAUGGAGAAGGACUUGCUGGAGAGGGAAAGUCGGGAAAAGGAAACAAAGAUCAUGAACAUGCAGAGAGAACUAGAUGAACUACACGAUUCAUUUGAGAAGGCUGAUAGGAGCCGACUUCUUCAGCAGAGGGAACUUGAGGAUCUCAUGUCAUCCAAGGAUGAUGUUGGCAAAAAUGUCCACGAGCUGGAGAAGUCUAAGCGUACUCUGGAAGCCCAGGUUGAGGAGCAGCGUCUCCAGAUAGAGGAGCUGGAGGAUGAGCUCCAGACCACAGAGGACGCCAAGCUCCGACUGGAAGUGAACAUGCAGGCCUUGAGGACCCAGUUUGAACGUGACCACCAAGCUAAGGAAGAUACUGUCGAGGAACAAAAGAAAUUACUCGUCAAGCAGUUACGUGAGAUGGAGGCUGAACUUGAGGAUGAGCGUAAGCAGCGUGCAAUGGCUGUGAAUGCCAGGAAGAAACUAGAGAACGACAUCAAGGACCUCGAGCAGCAAGAGGAAAUGGCUAACAAAGUAAAGGAGGAUGCUGUGAAACAGCUGAAGCGCACCCAGGCAGUUAUGAAGGACAAUCUACGUGAACUGGACGAAGCGCGAUUGGCUCGGGAAGAUGCUGCUGCCACACUUAAGGAAAAUGAAAAAAAGUUCAAGAAUCUUGAGGCAGAAGUUCUUCGGCUACAAGAAGAGUUGUCUUCCUCCGAGAGGUCUCGCCGAAAUACUGAGGCCGAGCGCGAUGACCUUCAGGAUGAAAUCACCAGCAACACGACUGGAAAGUCAUCGUUGUUGGAUGAGAAACGCCGACUGGAGGCACGUUUACAGCAGGUAGAGGACGAGUUGGAGGAUGAACAGACCAACGGUGAAUUGCUGCUUGAAAAAGCUCGCAAGGCACAAAUGCAGGCAGAGCAAAACCUGGCAGAUCUUUCAUCAGAGAAAUCAGUCACACAGAAGUUGGAGAACCAGCGGUCCUCCCUGGAGAGACAGAAUAAGGACCUUCGGGAGAAACUACAAGACCUAGAGAACACCGUACGCACUCGCACCAAGGCCACCAUCACCACUCUAGAGGGCAAGGUCGCUAACCUUGAGGAACAACUCGACAGUGAAACAAAGGACCGAACAAAUAUGCAGCGAUCUGUUCGCCGAUUGGAAAAGAAGUUGAAAGAGAUGGUGUUACAGGCUGAGGAUGAACGUCGCCAUGCAGACCAGUUCAAGGAGCAGAAUGACAAGAUGAACAAUCGUGUACGAGCUCUGAAGCGACAAUUAGACGAGGCAGAGGAGGAAAUUACAAGGAUGAACGCAGCCAAACGCAAACUUCAGCGAGACCUUGAUGAACAAAUGGAACAAAGUGAAUCGACAGCUAGAGAAAUAUCUCAGUUGAAAAAAUACAGACCUAGUGCUAGAGUGUCAUCUGCCCGCUCCAUGUUGUCCUCCAUACGGUCUGGAGCCGGAGAUUUAGACGACGACGAUGACGACAGUGUCGACUCAGCAAAACAAAACUCUGAUGCUUAAACACAUACCGGAACAUUUAUCAUUUAGCAGACAAACAUUUGGGGUGCCGUAUGACCAGUGUAUCGCCCACACAUACCGUGGACUUCAUAUAAACACACAUAUACAUUAAUUAAUUUUUUUCUACAAAAGAUGUGUAUAUCAUGCCUAUAUAAUUUCUAUAAUGAAAACAAAUUCAGUUUAUCUUAUUAUAAUUAUUACUGUUAUUAUAUUAAGUUUUUUUUUUUUUUACUUUGAUUACCAGGACCCAAAUACUUGUUUGCCUUUUUUUUAUACACUGUGUAAGAUUAUUUUGUUAAGUGUUUGUGAGUUUUCUCACCAAUCAUCAACUGAAUGUUUAAGAAAAUGUGAUGACACGUUAUCAUAUCACCAAACUGGGACCUGAGCUACUGGACCAUACCCUGACCUUUGAUCUUCCUGCUGGUCAGUGUCAGUUCUCGUGUGUGAACUGCUGGCUCCUACAUAGCACUGCAUAGUCAAUUCCGACCACGCUUGCCGUUGUGCUAUUUCCGACCGAGUUUGACAUGUCUUCUCUGACAUAGGGUCAUUGUGUCAAUUCCAACCAAUCCUGGUGUUGUGUCGCCUCUGAUGGAUUCAUAUUGUGUCAUUUAUGACAUGGCAUGGCAUUAUGUCGGAAGGCAUACCUAGCUUUGAAAGUGCUGAAAAUGUUUAACCUUGGAUGGUCAGAAUAUUCGGUGUAUGUCCUGUUUUAUGCCAGUAUAUUAUAUUGGUUUUGCUUACCUACCUAUCGCUAUUAUGAACAAAUAAUAUUCGUUAUAUUUCUUUUACAAUGGUUAUUAUUGUAUGUGCUCUAAAUUAAAUUGUGCUAUCCAUAUUGUCUCGUCGUAUGCUUAGCUUUUAUAGUCGAACUUAACAAACGAGGGCGUGCAAGAGGAAGAAAUACAUUGUUAGAGGGUUGACUGUCGACAUUGGACAUAAAUAUAUGUAAAUAUGUGAAUGAAAAUAUUGAAAAAUACAAUUAUUUAAACGGUGGUAUUGGUUAAUUGUUAACCAAAAAAAUAUGAAAAUCGAAUUUAUAAGAAUUUUAUGUUCGUGUUGUAAAGAUGUAGUCACUGAAACUGCAUAGUCUGCACUAGGAAAUGGUGAUUACACAUGUAAAUAGCCAUGUCGUCGACACAGCGUCAACAUUACCCAAACUCAUUCCACCACCAUCUUGUCAGAUCACCGGCACAUCACUGGCGUAUGGCUACAACCUAUUCUCUCAUUAACUCAUAUUUAAUGAAAAAACACUGAAAAAAACCACAUAUAAAAAAAAAAAAAAAA